GGUUGAAGUUGAAAGAUAAAAAAAAACAUUAAUUCUCUUUAUCAAUAAGGAAUGGGACCUUUUAUAUACAAAAUCGACAUUCACUAGUGAUGGUUCCUAUAAAUAUCCCAAUUUGGAAGGGUAGUGCACUCGACCUAGACGAAUCAGCCUCAGCUAGCUCUAGCAUUGUCGAUUUCUCGUUGGCUGAGCUUGCCUUGUUUGCAUAGCAUGGCCCGUUACAAGCGUCAUAGUUAGGAUCGUCGGUCGCUAUGUGUGGAAUGAUCGAUUCCUACGCUACGGUCGAGGCUUAGCUCGUUUAGCGAUUUGAAAGUGUGCUAUACUACCUUUUAAGUAAAAACGAGAAAGUAAAUAAGGAGGAGCUAUCGCCAUUUGUCUUGUAUCUUUUCUUUCUAUUGAAGAUUCAAAUGUUAAUACUACCUCCUAAUUAUUUACCUGGGUACUUUAAUAGGUUGAUACCCUGUGUUGUACAUGUCAGCCUAUCACAUAUCACAUACAGGUAUAAAUAACCAAGUACACAUAUACUCGCCUCCAUCCCCUCGAUCCUUCGAUCUCCGAUCUCCAUGCUAGCAUUACCAUUUUCACCUAUACCAGCAUCAUAACGCGAAAGAGCCUCCAAACUCAAACUUGCAACCAUGGCACCCCAUUUCCAAGACGAGAAAAAAGGAGAGAAUCAUCAGGAUCAACCAAACGACCCGCCCCCUCCGUACUCACCACAGGCUGCUGUAGAAGCUGGUCCUAGUACGCAACCGCAACAACAGCCGCGGCAGAAGAAUAUCCCACGUCAGUUCCCGCCCGCGUUUAGCAUGUACAAUGAAUCGAGCUUCGGACAGCGUAAGUACAUGAUCGGCGAGCACCAGUCGACUCCAUUGUACGCCGUUUCCCUACAUAGCGGAUGGUCGGGGCAGCCGGAUGUCGUGUUGCAUAAUGGACCGAGUGAUAAUCGGCCACCGCUUGCAGGGGUGGAAAGAGACAGUUGGAGCAACUCCGCAACAAUCACACUCCCCGUGCUUCCGGGGUCAGGGACACAAGCCAAGACCGAGCGGCUGGAGUCGACGGGCGGCUUCGGACAUCCGGCGUAUACGUUUAGCGUUGAAGCUGGUUCGGGCAACCGUCGUGAGGCUUUUGAAUGGCGCCAUACAUCUGGGUCUGCGGUUGCGUCGCUUGGAGGACGUAGUUCGGGAUGGAAGUUGCUGCGCUUGUCGACGGAUGCGCCGAGUGGGGUUGUGGGAGGGGGGAGUGGGAAGUUUGUAGGUGGAGGGGCUUCGUCGAGUGAUGGGAAGGAGGUUGUUGCUGUGUGGGCUUGGGCCAGCGGUAGCUUGACGAAAGUGUUCAAGUUCCAAUUCCUCGGUAGCGGCGCGAAUGGCGUCCUGGGCGAACGCUGGGCUAUUAUGGCUGUCGCCACGGCGCUUAAGAUUUGGGAUCGUGAGAGGCGGGCGAGGAAUUCGAGCGCGGCGGGUGCUGGCGGUGGUGCUGGAGCUUAGAUUGCUUUGUCUGGUGGCGGCGCGAUGUCGUUGGGGUUUUGUUGAGAAAGAGUCGGUACACUACACUAAAGGCUCGAUUCACGCCUUUCCCCUCCAUGGAAUGUUCUUUUCGUCAGUAUAUCCUCGGGACAACCGCGAUAGGCUAUCGUGGCCGGAUCUUUUUCGUCGGCGUUUGCCCGAGGGGUUUGAGGCUUUUGUAAUUGUUACUUAGUAGAAGAUCAUUAUUCAGGAUUUCGAAUUAGUCAUUAUACCCUAUAGAAUUACGAGUUUCCGUUUAUUUGUUUGUUUUCGAUUGCAUGGUAGAUUUUCUGGUAUCGUGACAGCCUCAAUUCGGGGCUGG